CCCCAGAGUUAUUCCUAGAGUAGAUUUAACUGGGACAUUUGGAUCAGAGUGCACAUUACAAACUUUGUUGCUCCAAGCUAGAGAGGUGGAGGGGGUAUCUGUGCCCCAUCAGUCUUCCUGCUGAUGGGGUAAACCGAUGGUGAGCUCCCAUCAAUUGUGACUCUGUGCUGGCCCAAGGAGUCAGGCCCAGAUCCUCCCAUUAAAACCAAGGUGUCUAAAUCCCUGUGAGGAUCUGGGCCUGAGGGGCCACGGUUGUUUAAGGCUGGCUCUGCUGCCAACCUGCAAUGUUUGUUCCUGUCCUCGUGUAGCCAAGAAAGCAAUGUCAAGCCAAGAGAAUUCAGCACUGUGCCUGUGAAAACAGACCUAGCCGACCGGAGAACGGCCCUGAUUUGUGAAGUCCUGCAGCUCAGAAGCUUAAUCAAACGAGAAGAAGAGAGAAAGGGAAGUGUAUUGGAAAUAGUUCUCCGUGGUAAAAGCGGUGCUGAAAGUUCACAGCCAGACCCCUGAAAGAGUGGGCACACGUACCAACCCUGGUACAUAACCAAGCAACCGUUCGAUGCUAUGCCGCAGCGACCCGGCGACAGCUGCCUGAAGUGAUGGCACAAAAGGAAGGUUUGCUGCAUCUGAGGGUGAAAUGAAAGGAGUCAGAGCUGGGCGCACCUUGUUAAUUAGGAAACGCGGAGGGUAGAAAUAAAUGCUCUUGCAGGGAUGUCGGAUCCAAUCAUUAGAACCAGGGCACCUGAACCGGCGGCAUCAGACGCUGUGUGAGAAGGCAAUGAAAGGUUAGGUCCCAUUAGUGCAAGCAGACCCCUGCACUUCUGUGGACCCCUGUGGGCUAGGCACUGGAUCACAGCAGGAUCGUGUCCUCAGUGAGUGAGUGACCAGCAAUCCUGCUAUGCCUCUAUCAGUGGUGGCUCUGCCCAUAGGGCUCCAGGGACACUGACCUGCUGAGCCCAGCUUUCUUUCCAUCUCAGCCCUAUGGGCCGCCUGUAGUUGUCCUUUUGAACAGACAAGCGGAUCCAUCUUGCAGAUGAAGGAUCCGUACAGGAAGGGGCUGCAACUCCCACUGCUCCCCCAACUGUCGGAUACUGCGGCAGGGAGGAAGGGUGGCUAUGCUCCCUUGAAUGCUGCACUACAUAGGGGAACUUCUAGAGUCCCCUUAAUUAACGAGCAAGCGAGCAGCAAAAAGUUCGCCCUAUAACUUUGAUCCAGAUGUCAUUCAGGAAGACACACCAGGGAAUGAACUCCCCCCCCCCCCACCUCCAACAUACACCAGAGAUUAUUCCAUCAGCACAGCAUAGUCAUCAACCACACAAUUACACCUCUAUGCUCAAAGCGGCCCCUGUUGACUGAUCAACAGCUGCAUUGUAGGCGGCUGUUACUCUGUGUUUCCAACCAAGCCACCCAGCUGGGGAGGGAAGGAAGAAGGACAAGGAUAAGAUCAUGGCGACCGGAACCCAGAAGUUCAAAGCGUUUGUGUCUGAGCCGAUGGGCGAUAAGGACGUUACAGCAGUGGAUGGCAUUAAUGACGAGCUUGGACUAAAAUUAGCUACAAAGGGUUUUGACAAGGCAUACAUCCUUCUGGGCCAAUUCCUCCUCUUAAAAAAGGACCAUGCGGUUUUCCAAAGGUGGCUGAAAGGGGCAUAUGGAGCCAGUCCGAGCCAGGCUCAGCGGUGCGCCUCCUGUCUGACAGACUGGUGCUACGCUUUCCUCUAGGGAGCUGGCUGCAUAGCCCUCGUGGUGUGUUCUGUGGACUGCAAUAAAGUCUUUCCUGCCUUGAA